AGGUACCUCUGUCUUGCAUUCCCAUCUAUCUGUUGCUGAAUUUAAAAACCCAUAAACUGGGUCUGAGAAAACUUAAAAAAAGGCAAGAUCUUUGUCCUGGUCGGAAUCUGAGAAGCUCAGGAACUGGGCUGGCAAAAUGUCUUUUUUCAGACUGUCCAUGGCAGUUUUGUUUCUGUUCUUCCUUGGUCUUGCAAUUACCACUGAAGCUGAUCCAAAUUAUAUCUCCCACGAAUGUUCAAAUACCACCACUUUCACCCCGAAUAGCACUUACCAAUCCAAUCUCAAUCUUCUCCUCUCCUCUCUCGAUUCCAACUCCACUAGCAAUAAUGGUUUCCAUAACACCACCACCGGCCAAACUCCUGACAUUGUAUACGGCCUCUUCCUCUGCCGUGGCGACGUCUCCACCGAUGUCUGCCAAGACUGUGUUACCUUCGCUACCCAAGACGUAGUUCAAAGGUGUCCUGUAGAGAAGGUGACUGUAAUCUGGUACGACGAGUGUCUUCUUCGUUACUCCAAUCGGUCUUUCUUCGAUAGUGUGAGCGAAGAUGCGAUUAUUCUGUACAACACGCAGAACGCUACGAACCAAACCAGCUUUAAUGGCCUAGUCCGAACCACGAUGAAUGAUUUAGCGACUCAGGCUUCAAGUGGUGCUAGAAGAUUUGCGACAGGGGCGACGAAUUUCUCGUCGUUUAAUGUUCUGUACACCCUUGCACAGUGCACCCAGGACCUAUCUACUAGUAACUGCCAGAGUUGCUUACAGUUUGCCAUUGGAAACCUUCGAUUUGGGGCAAUAGGAGCAAGAACUCUGACGCCUACCUGUAGCGUUAGGUUUGAGACAUACCUGUUCUAUAAUCAGUCUGCGGUUCCGGCAUCACCUCCGUCUCUUUCUCCUCCGGCUGGUCUUCCUCCUCCGGCCAGUGGUAGAGGAAAUGGUGGACUCUCAACAGUAACAAUAGUUGCAAUUGUUCUUCCCAUUGUUGUCUCUGUGGUGCUUUUCGUUAUAGGCUACUGUAUAUUAAGCAGGAGAGCGAAAAAGAAACACAGUGUCACCCAAGAAGAUGAUGUUGAGAAUGAUAUGACAACUGUGGAGUCCUUGCAACUUGAUUUUGCAAGCAUUGAAGCUGCCACAAGAAAGUUUUCUGAUGAUAAUAAGCUAGGCGAGGGAGGAUUUGGUGUGGUUUAUAAGGGGACACUUCCGAAUGGACAAGAUAUUGCUGUGAAGAGGCUAUCAAGAAGUUCCGGGCAAGGAAUAGAAGAAUUUAAGAAUGAGGUUGUAUUGGUAGCCAAACUUCAACACAGAAAUUUAGUGAGGUUGUUGGGAUUUUGCUUGGAAGGAGAAGAGAAGAUACUUGUCUAUGAAUUUGUCCCCAACAAGAGCCUGGACUAUUUUCUGUAUGACCCUGAAAAACAAGGUCAGUUGGAUUGGUCAAGGCGCUACAAGAUCAUUGGAGGAAUUGCUCGAGGAAUUCUUUACCUUCAUGAGGACUCCCGAUUAAGAAUUAUUCAUAGAGAUCUCAAAGCAAGCAAUGUAUUGUUAGAUGGAGAUAUGAACCCAAAAAUUUCAGAUUUCGGAAUGGCUAGAAUUUUCGGGGUUGAUCAAACUCAAGGAAACACGAGUAGAAUUGUUGGAACCUACGGAUACAUGUCCCCAGAGUAUGCAAUGCAUGGCCAAUUUUCUGUGAAGUCCGAUGUAUAUAGUUUUGGAAUUUUAGUUCUAGAGAUUAUAACUGGGAAGAAAAACAGUUCUUUCUAUCAGUCAGAUGGUGCUGAUGACCUUGUGAGCUAUGUUUGGAAGCAUUGGAGUGAAGGGACACCUAUGGAAUUGUUGGAUCCUACUUUAACCGACUCUAAUUCAAGAACUGAAGUGACGCGAUGCAUCCAUCUUGGGUUAUUAUGCGUGCAGGAAGAUCCCGCUGACAGACCCACAAUGGCAACAAUUGUUCUUAUGCUCAAUAGUUACUCUGUCUCUCUACCUUUACCUCAACAACCAGCAUUUUUCCACCAUACUAGAACAGAUCAGAGCUUGAUGUUAAAAGGGCUGGAGACUGAUCAAUCCACAAGCAAGUCAGGGUCAGUACCGCCUUUCUCAGUCAAUGAAGCAUCAAUUACGGAAGUGUAUCCUAGAUAAACCGAUUAUUGUGUUAUCCAAAUUAAGCAUCUUCUCUAAAUCCAAGAACCCACAAACAUUUCAUUGUAGAUUAUUUGUGGGCUGUCAAAUCUUAUGCUUAAUCUAGCAGGGAUUGUGUUAUAAUCCAGUAGUAACGAACAGAGCCUGUACCCCCAGCAUCCAUACUAUUUCGAAGUAACUUUGUAGCAGCUAUAGUUGUCUGUAUCUAUAUUUGUACACGCAAUAAAGAUUGGUCUUUUUUUCCGAUAGAGGAAGAGAGACGAGGGAUCUAUUCUGAAGAUUUA